AUGGCAGGCGAAUGCUCCUUGUCCCCAAGCUUUAUCUCGCUGAUUAACGCCAAUGGGGAACCCAUCAUGGUCUACCUUCCCGAGACCAGCAUUGAAAACGAGCUGAAGUACAACAUGCUAUCUAACCUCUCUCUGGAUUGCUUCAAAAGCGAGCUAUACGAUUGGACGACGGUGCCUGGUGUACCGCUGCAGCAUGGAAAGUUCUUGUUUGACCUGGAAGGCUGCAAAGUCUACGGGCAGCUAGUGCCGCAGACUGGCUGGAAGUACGUCAUCGGCGUAACGGAAAACGUGUCGCAGGAGGCCAUUGACAACUGCUUUCAGCUUGUGAGGCGUCUGGUAGUGAAGUGCAAAUGCAAUCCAUUUGUGAGCAGCCAAAAAGAGCUGGUGGAGCAGCUAGAAAAAGCGUUUAUCAGGGAGUUUACAUAA